CCACAAUUAACAGGUUCAUUAUCACCAGAAGACCUCUGAGACAUUCCGAGAUCUGCAGAGGUCAGGAUGCAGAUGGCUGGCUUUCCCAAGACGGCGGAAACACUCGAAGCGGUUUGGCAUCGUAGGGUGAAUGAAUCUGACAGCUUCGUUACUCACGGUCCUUGUUGACAGAUAUAAAGAUGAGCCUUGUGGACGUCUUUGCGCCUCUCACUUCUUCUCCAUCUCCUUAAUCUCUUGACACCUUGCGCUCGCUACUUCCAGUGCUCGAACACGGGAACGGAUUUCGACUCUUUCCACUCUAGCAACUCGCACUACGCAGGCAGACACGCUUCGUCGCAAUUCGCUGCGUUUGUAUUCGGGCCACUCACUCUCCUACCAGGGUCGACGCAGCUGCUUGCAAGUUCGGCAACUCACCUCGAUAUCACUCUACAUCCUGCGUAUUAGGCAGUCAUGUCUUCCCACCUCGAUAGUCCUGAACUCAGCAUCAGGCAAAGUCACCCAAGCUCCAAGCAGGCUGGGGCAACUUGCACAAUCCACCAAUUCAUGGACGAGCAAUGCUUCCGCUUCAUGCAGCGAGAGCUAUCCAGCGCAUCCAGACGCACGUCUGACAGCACACUUGCGAGCGGUGGUGCAUCAAGGAGGGUAUCCUCAGAGACAAAGGCAAGACCUUGUCUGACCGGCACAUCUGACGUCGUGGAAGCGAGCCCUUCCUCACUCGUCUUGGGUACGCGGUUCGGGCUUUGCGAAAGCACGGUAGCUUCAAAUUUGCGAUCAAGCUUUCGAGAGAAGGCAGAUGCCGCUCGCAGAAGGCAACGCAGAGCCAGCAGGGCACCUCUCAGACUCUCCUGGAUGUCCCUAGUUAUCUUCACCAUCCUGCUUGUUCUGUGCGCGCUGCCACACAAAGCAGCAGCCAUUCGGCCUCACACGAGAGCAUACGUCGUACGAAGAAGGAGCGAGCAACCUAGUCCGAGGAUUUUAUCCUUUCCUUCCGAUGCACGUCACGAAUCGGCGCAGCCUCGACGCGCUCCUCCCCUCAUUCACACGCGUUUUGCAGCAUCCAGGCAGACGCAACAGACCCCCGUCAUCGCUCUUGAUCGGCUGACCCAGAUUUCAUACUCUGGACACGAGGGCUACCCAGGGCCUCUUCUUCAAUCGGCGAGCAUGCCAACGAAAGCAUCAAGAUUCCUGAGCUCCUUGCUCGUGCUUGCCAGAAGAUUCAGCUAGCAACUUCGCAGUGAUCGUACUGCGGGCUUGGCCUGCAUCACCUGUAUCAUUACGGCACUUCUAGCAGAGCUCACCCUGGCAACUACCACCAUUCGCGAUCCCCGUUCAAAUGCCUACAUGGCAGCAAUACCUCCAGCAUUCGUUUCAGUCAUUCACAAGGUCUUCUUUCUUCUCGUAGAGGCGGUGCAAUGGAGAGAAAUAUUGCGGUGCCAGGGGCUCGAGAGCCAAAUGCUUUGUGACUCAGACUUCAUAGCAAUCAGACUCACAGUUCAUGAUCAGGU